AUGAGCAAACAAGAGCGGCUCAAACAACACGAGAGCGGCUCAAACAACACAAGAGCGGCUCAAACAACACAAGAGCGGCUCAAACAACACAAGAGCGGCUCAAACAACACAAGAGCGGCUCAAACAACACAAAACGGCUCAAACAACACAAGAGGCAGCUCCAAACAACACAAACGCUCAAACAACACAAGAGCGGCUCAAACAACACAAGAGCGGCUCAAACAACACAAGAGCGGCUCAAACAACACAAACGCUCAAACAACACAAGAGCGGCUCAAACAACACAAAAACGCUCAAACAACACAAGAGCGGCUCAAACAACAUAAGAGCGGCUCAAACAACACAAGAGCGGCUCCAAACAACAAAGAGAUGCUCAAACAACACAACAGCGGCUCAAACAACACGAGCGGCUCAAACAACACAAGAGGGCUCAAACAACACAGAGCGGUUCAAACAACACAAGAGCGGCUCAAACAACACAAGAGCGGCUCAAACAACACAACAGCGACUCAAACAACACAAGAGUGGCUCCAAACAACACAAGAGGCUCAAACAACACAAGAGCGGCUCAAACAACACAAGAGCGGCUCAAACAACACAAGAGCAGCUCAAACAACAAACAACGACUCAAACAACACAAGAUUCACUAAACAACACAAAGACAAACAACACAAGGCAGCUCAAACAACACAAGAGCGGCUCAAACAACACAACAGCGGCUCAAACAACACAACAGCGACUCAAACAACACAAGGUGAAACCAAACAACACAAGAGAGGCUCAAACAACACAGGCGACUCAAACAACACAAGAGUGGCUCCAACACAAGUGGCUCAAACAACACAAGGCGGCUCAAACAACACAAGGCAACAGGCUCAAACAACACAAGAGGCAAACAAAAAACACAAGUGGCUCCAAACAAAAGUGGCUCAAACAACACAAGAGUGGACCAAACAACACAAGAGCGCUCAAACAACACAAGAGCGACUCAAACAACACAAGAGCGGCUCAAACAACAAACAAAAGUGGCUCAAACAACAAGAACGGCUCAAACAACACAAGAGUGGCUCAAACAACACAAAGUGGCUCAAACAACACAAGAGUGGCUCAAACAACACAAGAGCGGCUCAAACAACACAGAGCGGCUCAAACAACACAAGGGCGGCUCAAACAACACAGAACGGCUCAAACAACACAAAGGGCUCAAACAACACAAGAGGGCUCAAACAACACAAGGCGGCUCAAACAACACAAGAGUGGCUCAAACAACACAAGAGCGGCUCAAACAACACAAGAGUGGCUCAAACAACACAAGAGCGCUCAAACAACACAAGUGGCUCAAACAACACAAGAGCGGCUCAAACAACACAAGAGUGGCUCAAACAACACAAGACUGGCUCAAACAACACAGAGUGGCUCAAACAACACAAGGUGGCUCAAACAACACAAGAGUGGCUCAAACAACACAAGAGCGGCUCAAACAACACAAAACGGCUCAAACAACACAAGGGCGCUCAAACAACACAAGAGCGGCUCAAACAACACAAGAGCGGCUCAAACAACACAAGAUGCUCAAACAACACAAAGCGGCUCAAACAACACAACAGCGACUCAAACAACACAAGAGUGGCUCAAACAACACAAGAGCUCAAACAACACAAACAACACAAGAGCGGCUCAAACAACACAAGAGCGGCUCAAACAACACAACAGCGACUCAAACAACACAAGCCAACAAGAGCUCAAACAACAACGACUCAAACAACACAAGAGCGGCUCAAACAACACAAAGAGAGGCUCAACAACACAAGACGGCUCAAACAACACAAGAGCGGCUCAAACAACACAAGUGGCUCAAACAACACAAGAGUGGCUCAACAACACAAGAGCGGCUCAAACAACACAAGAGUGGCUCAAACAACACAAGAGCUACAUAAACAACACAAAUCGGGUCAAACAACACACAUCAACUCUUAA